CUGCUGUGGCGACCGACGCUCGGCGGUGGCGGAGACCCACCCCCGUCCACAUGGACAGUCGCCGAGGCCUGGGCUGAUGCUCUGACGCCUGGGCGGGGUGGGCGGGCAGGCGGCGGCGGCGGCGGCGGCGGCCACUGCGGGAGCAGCGAGGGGUCGCGGGCGCCUGACGGUCGCGGAGCCCUCGCUCGGCGCGCCGCUGCGGCCAUUUUACGGCCCGGGACGCAGGCGGCGUGUGCGCGUUCGCUUCGUUCUCCGUCCCCGGCGCCAGCGGCGGAGAGCAGCUUCACGGAGAUCGGCGCGGCCGGUGGAUGGGGAGUCGUGUGCCGAGGGAAGCCGGACCCGGGAAGCGCCGCCGCCGCCGUCGCCGCCGCUCACGGACCCCGGUAGGAGCCUGAGGAGAAGCAGCCCAGGCCGCGGGCCUCAGCGCCUCCCGUCCGCCCGAGACAGGCCGGGCCGCGUCGGCCAGCUUUUGUGUGGGGACCCGGCCCGGCGGGGACAGCGUCGCUCGCGGACGGCCGAGCCCGAGGCCCGCCAACCUGCGGCUGCUACCCUCCCGCCGCGCGGCCCCUGUUCCCCGCGAGCACGGCCGCGGUGCCGGCCAUGGAGUAAGGAGGAGGCGGCGUGAGAAGAGGAAGAUGGCGGCGGGCAAGAGCGGCGGCGGCGCUGGGCAGGCUGCUUUUCUGGAAGCUUUGGCUAGAUCAGAAUCUAAGAGAGAUGGAGGUUUUAAAAAUAAUUGGAGCUUUGAUCAUGAAGAAGAAAGUGAAGGAGAUGCAGAUAAAGAUGGGGCAAAUCUACUCAGUGUAGAAGAUGAGGAUUCUGAAACCUCAAAAGGAAAAAAGUUACAUCGGAGGUCUGAGAUUGUUGCUACUAGUUCUGGUGAUUUCAUCUUGAAGACCUAUGUAAGACGAAACAAGACUGACAGUUUUAAAACUUUGAAAGGCAACCCAAUUGGACUUAACAUGUUAAGCAACAAUAAAAAACUGAGUGAAAAUACACCAGCUGCAGCAUUAUGCUCUGGAACUGUAGUUCAUGGCAGACGCUUCCAUCAUGCUCAUGCACAAAUACCAGGCGUCAAAACAGCAGCUCAGAGCAAUCAGGACCGCAAAGAAAGGAAAGAAUAUCCACCUCAUGUCCAAAAAGCUGAAAACAACCCUGUAAUGUUAAGUCAUGUCCAAGGUGUAGAUCGUAUAAUGAAGAAAACAGAAGAGUCGGAAUCAUAUAUAGAGCCUGAAAUUAAGAGGAAAGUACAGCAGAAACGGCACUGUAGUACCUAUCAGCUAUCUCCACUUUCCCCUGCUUCAAAGAAGUGUUUGACCCAUUUAGAGGUAUCUGAACAGCGUGAAUGUUGCCCAAAAUGUGGAAAAGAAAAAGAAAAUCAGACCAAAUGCCAAAGUUGUGGUAUUGUUUUUCAUAAUGAUUUGCAAAGAAAUUGCAGACAAGCUAUAACUUUGCAUGAAUCCACUGGACCUUUACUAAGAACGUCAAUUCAUCAGAAUUCUGGAGGACAGAAGUCACAAACCACAGGAUUAACAGCCAAGAAGUUUUAUGGUAACAGUGUGGAGAAGAUUCCAAUAGAUAUUUUGGUGACUUGUGAUGCUAGUAGACAUAAUUACAUCCAGACUAAUGGAAAAGUCAUUCUACCUGGAGGAAAAAUACCUAAACUCACAAACCCGAAAGAACAAAAGACAAGCUUGUCAGAUCUGAAUGAUCCAAUCAUUUUGUCCAGUGAUGACGAUGAGGAUGAGAGGACUAGCAGAAGAGAGAGCAUAUCCCCACAGCCUGCAGACUCCGCGUGUUCUUCCCCAGCGCCAUCGACUGGAAAAGUAGAAGCUGCACUAAAUGCAAAUAUUUGCAGAACAGAGCAAGAAUCUAGAAGCAACCCAGCAGAUUCAGAGUUAAACACAGUUGUCAUACCAAGAAAAGCAAGAAUGAAGGACCAGCUUGGUAAUCCCAUCAGCACACCUCUAAAACGUCGCAAAAUAAACACUCACGGAACUUUAAUUCACUCUGUGUCACUGUCACCUCCCCUAAACUUUGGAAGUGUCAUUUUAAACUGCCGAAGUAUACGAGUUGGAACGCUCUUCCGACUAUUGGUAGAGCCUGUAAUUUUUUCUUUAGAGGCAAUCAAGAUACAUCUAGAUGCACCAGAUAGUGAUCCUGUAGAGAUUAUUUUAAAUACCUCUGAUCUAACUAAAUGUGAAUGGUGUAAUGUCCGGAAAUUACCAGUAGUGUUCCUCCAGGCAAUACCAUCAGUUUAUCAAAAGCUGAGCAUGCAGCUGCAAAUGAAUAAAGAAGAUAAAGCUUGGAAUGAUUGUAAAGGAAUGAACAGGUUAACAAGUUUAGAAGAACAGUACAUUAUUUUAAUUUUUCAAACUGGCCUUGAUCCUCAGGCAAAUGUGGUCUUUGAAAGUAUCAUUACUGACAUUGGUAUAAAGAAUAAUGUUUGCAACUUUUUUGCGAAAAUUCCUUUUGAAGAAGCCAAUAGCAGACUUGUUGCCUGUACAAGAAGCUAUGAAGAAAGCAUCAAAGGAAAUUGUGUGCAAAAAGAGAACAAAGUGAAAACUGUGUCCUUUGAAUCUAAAAUACAGCUCAGAAGCAAACAAGAAUUGCAGUUUUUUGAUGAUGAGGAAGAAACCGGAGAGAGCCACACUAUCUUCAUUGGCCCUGUAGAAAAAUUGAUAGUGUAUCCACCACCUCCGGCUAAGGGAGGCAUCUCUGUUACUAAUGAGGACCUGCACUGUCUAAGUGAAGGAGAGUUUUUAAAUGAUGUUAUUAUCGACUUUUAUUUGAAAUACUUGGUGCUUGAAAAACUGAAGAAAGAAGAUGCUGACCGAAUUCAUAUAUUCAGUUCUUUUUUCUAUAAACGCCUUAAUCAGAGAGAGAGAAGAAAUGCUGAGACAACUAACCUAUCAAUACAACAAAAACGUCAUGGGAGAGUAAAAACAUGGACCCGGCAUGUAGAUAUUUUUGAGAAGGAUUUUAUUUUUGUACCCCUUAAUGAAGCUGCACACUGGUUUUUGGCUGUUGUUUGUUUCCCUGGUUUGGAAAAACCAAAAUAUGAACCUAACCCCCAUUACCAUGAAAAUGCAGUCGUGCAAAAAAGUUCAGCUGCAGAGGACAGUUGUGUUUCUUCUGCCAGUGAAAUGGACAGUUGUUCACAGAACUCUUCUGCCAAGCCUGUGAUUAAGAAGAUGCUAAACAGAAAGCAUUGCUUAACUGUAACUGAGUCCAGUGCUGGACAGGAAGAAAGUGAGCCUUGUUAUCGGAGAAACACAUACAGUGUGAAAUGUAGUGUGAAAAAAAAAAACCAUGCUAUAAGUGAAAACGAAGAAUCAAGUAAUGGAAAAUCUUCAUGCCAGGAAGUUAUUGAUAGAGCUAAAAGUGAGAAUGGCCUACAGGAUGAAUGUUUAAAUUCUAUACAUCAUCCAGAUGCCUUAAGCAAAAUCAGACUAAACUACGGUGAUCAGUCAGCUGAAGGUGGCAAAAUGCUGGAAGAUGAACUCAUUGACUUCUCAGAGGAUCAGGAUGAGCCGGAUGAUAGCAGCGAUGAUGGACUCCUUGCUGAUGAAAACUACAAUUCAGAAAUAGGACAGUGGCAUUUAAAACCUAUUGUCUGUAAACAACCUUGUAUCCUCCUUAUGGACUCACUUAGAGGCCCUUCUCGGUCAAAUGUUGUCAAAAUUCUAAGAGAGUAUUUAGAAGUGGAAUGGGAGGUUAAAAAAGGAAGCAAAAGAAGUUUUUCCAAAGAUGUUAUGAGAGGUUCCAACCCCAAAGUUCCACAGCAGAACAACUUCAGCGACUGUGGCGUAUACAUUCUGCAGUAUGUAGAGAGUUUUUUUGAGAAUCCAAUACUAAAUUUUGAGCUCCCUAUGAAUUUGGUGAACUGGUUUCCUCCCCCCAGAAUGAAAACAAAAAGAGAAGAAAUCCGAAACAUAAUUCUGAAAUUGCAGGAAGAGCAGAGUAAAGAGAAGAAGCUGCUGAAGGACACUUUUUCAGCAGAAACGUCCAUAGGAGAAGGAGCAGAGCAGUAUGCCAGCAGUGUCUCAGAGUGACCAGGAAGCUGCGGCUCUAGCUGCAGAAAUCACAUGGCAUUCAACUUUGGUUAUAGACAGUAAAGAGCCAAAGUGCUCACUGCUCAGAGAUUUGGGGAGGGUUAAUGCUGUAAAAAUGUCACAUAAGUAAUUUCCAAAGGAUUAUGUAUUAAGUAAAAGUCUGUAAAUAUGUUUAAUGAGGCCAAUUUUUCCAACAUUUAUAAUUAUUUUUUUCACUUUUAGGAAACCUUUGUUAUGUAUUUUCUGUUAAUAAUACUAAAAUUGCAACUUCUAAACACAAAUAAACUAUUUAUAGGAGGAAACGAUUAAUUUGAUAUUCUUUAGUGAACUUGUAUAAUUCCUCAGAGUGUGAUUUUAUUUCAUGGGAAUAUAUAUAAGUGUCUAUGAUUUUUUAAACUUCUGUUCUAAAAUACUCAAAAAUGUGAAAAUAUUACAUCAGAAACAUUUUAGACUAAAAUCCAUCUUUAUAUGCUUGCGUAGCAAGAAAAAUUAACAUCUUUUCAAUUCAUGCUUUUUCAUGUGUUCAGAGAACCCCCAAAAUGUAGUGAAUAUUUAUACUUUUACACAGAUACUUAAACAAUAUUAAGAGCAAUCAAAGACAGUACGCCUUGACUUCUGCUCAUAAAGCAUAAAUGCGCUGGCAUACACUCUGUGACUCAGGUGAAAACUAUCCUGGCAAGUGCAGCUUGAAUCUCAAAUAGCCAAUAUUACCUUUGUGUUUUUAUCUUACAGUAUGCUGCAACCUGUAUGAUAGAACUAGUUAAACAUUUUUAAUCUGUGUAAACACAGGAAUUCAAAUAGGAAUUUAUUUUUGGUAACUUCUGCUAUUUUUUCAUUAUUUUGUUCACAUUGUUUUGAUAAUGUAUCAGACCUUGUGCUUGAGUUUUCCUCUGUAAAUUAUUUUAAAAUGCAAGCAUCCUCUAAGUGCAUAAUGCAGCAAAAUCUCUUAUUUUUAAUUUUCCAUUAGGUUGAGAAAAUGUGGGUUUGGGCCUGUAGUUCAGUAGAGUGCAUGCUUAACAAGGUGGAGACCUUGUUUCAGUCCCCAGUAGCAAAUAAUAAUAAUAAUAAUAAUACACAAAUAUGAAGCUUUUGAUGCCACAUUAGUAAUUCAUAGAGUCCUCGCUUGUAUAUGUAGAAAUUAUUAUUUUCACAAAUGAAUGGUAUUUAUUCCUUUCAAGUUUAGUGUAAGACUUAAAAUAUGUGUUUUAAGUCAUUUUUGUUAGUGAAUUUUUAAAUGCCCAUAUAACAACAAAAUUAUAGUGAAGACCAAAAAAUACAACAAAGGAUUUUUUUUUUAAAAAAAGUUAAUAGAAAGUAUAAACAAAAUUGACAAACUUUUGUUUUUUAAAUAAACUAUUUUGCCUCAGUUUGAGGGAACUGGAAAAGUUACUGCAAGGACCAGGUACACUGGCACAUGCCAAUUAAGGCCAACUGCUCAGGGGCUGAAGUACUUGAGCCUGAGUCUGGGAGGUUAAGAUCAACCCACAAUAUGGUGAGACACUGUCUCAAACUAAACAAACUAUCCUAAAAUGCCUGUGGUUUUUGUCUGACACUUAAUUGCUAUAUUUUAUAGUGUUAGAUAACUUGAUAAAGUAAAAUUACAGCUUGUCCCUCGG